AUGGGUGGUGCAGUCGCCCUUUCGCAAGCGAGUGCAGGAGGCGUCACUGGUGCACUGGCACCACCUGCCGGAUUCGCAGUUGUACCUGGCGAGGGCCUUCCGAGCCUUGAGUCGCUAAACCUUACAUCCGCUGAGCUGUAUCACCGUGCACAAGUGCGCUUCGACUUACAACAUGCCUCCAGUGCGCAUGAGUCAAGCCUUGAGAGGAGAUAUGAACCACAGUGCGACGGAAAGGGAAUCAACAUCCAAAGGGCAUACAGCUGCUUCGAGUAUCUUCUUGCACUUGGGAACACCCCAUGUGUCGUUACAUCAGCCGGUGCAAGGUUCUGUCACACUACUGAUGCGAGUGGCAAUGUAGCGUGGUGGGGCGAGACGAACGGAAUUGGUGGUGGUACAACCCAAUCAACCUGGUAG